AUGGUGGCCGAAACCCUCUCACUUGCCGGCAAGACUGCCUUGGUUACAGGCUCGGGCAGAGAAAACGGUAUUGGCGCUGCCAUCGCCAGAGCCUUCGCCCGGAACGGCGCAUCUGUCGCAAUCCAUUAUGUGUCAGAGAACUCGAAGGCGAGGGCCGAGAAGGUGGCGGCAGACAUUGGCCGAGAGUUCGGAACCAAAACAACCGUCGUACAAGGGCCGGUGGAGAAAUACGGCACCGGGAAGAGGAUGGUCGAGCAAAUUCUGCAGGCACUCGACGUCGACCACAUUGACAUUCUCGUGAACAACGCUGGAUUUGGGGGCAAUGUAUCUCUCAUGGAGGCAACGCCAGAGCAGCUCGAACGAGAAUUCGGCGUCAACACCUUCGGCUCGAUUUACCUCACACAAGCCGUUGUCGGUGCAGGGAAGAUGCCGAAAGGCGGCCGCAUUAUCAACACUGGUUCUAUCGCCUCGAAACUUGGUCUCGAAAUCUCCGCGGUCUAUUCGGCGGCAAAGGCUGCGCAGGAUAGCCUCACGGCGUCCUGGGCUGGCGAGCUUGGCCAGAGCCGUGGAAUCACCGUCAAUACACUUGCACCGGGGCCAAUUGUGACAGAUUUGUCGAAGGGGUUCUUGGAAGCGGCUGAUGGAUCCCAAACCGCACUCCAGUCCGCCAUGUUUGCGCAGACGCGAUCUGAGGCUCGCCUCGGGACAGUCGAGGACAUGGCUGAUGCUGCGCUUCUGCUGGCGUCGGAGAAGAGCCGUUGGAUCACUGCACAGUGGAUCUCGGUCAGCGGCGGCAUCACUGGAACCAUGUAAUUAAAUGGUCGAUGAUGAUUAUUCCGUAC